GACGGCAACUACGACACACUACGCCGAUGGCGGAACUCGUUACAUAAAACGAGCGUGUCUGGGCGUUUAAGACACUCCUGACUGGGUGCCAUCCUGCUCAUCAGAGAAUAUGUGAUCGGCGAAGGUGGUCGGCGACUUUGAUCGAGUGAAGUGGGUGAAGUGCAAGUUCAGGUGGGACAAAGCGGGUGAAACUCCUCCCAAUGCGUGGCGACCACAGUCCCACAAUACAAAGAAGUUCGAAUAUUGAGACAGACAAAGAACUCGGACGAAUCAGCGAAAUGUCUUUGAUUGUGAGAUUCGGGCCAUGCACAUUGCGACCGUGUGACAUGACCUCGCUCUCCACGCCUCCUCUCCCGACUUCAGCAUCUUGCCCGUCACCCAACUUUUCGGCGGAUCUUCACCAACGCAUUCUGCACGACACAGUGGCAGUUGUUCUGUUGCGACAAUAGGACACCGCCUUCUAGCAAGACAUCGUCGCACACAUUUACGAAGCCGGUCUUCGUCGCUGCCCAAGAACUUGCAACAAAGACUGCUUACUACGAAGUCAUGCCUCGACAAUUGGCCAUCACGCCUACGCCCUACCGGUCAUCAUUCCUCGCAAUCCCACCUACUCCAUUCUCUCCACGACUGCCUAUCACACCGCCAGCAAGUCCUCCAUCGCAGCAUCGCCUCACAGACCGCACGAAAAGGCUUCAACCAGGCAACGCAUACCCACCACCACCAUCGCCACCCCUACACUGGCUCUGGCAGUGCCACAAGUGCAAUCGCGUGUACCAGCUAGGCAUUACAAGACGCUGUCUCGAUGACGGUCAUCUGUUCUGCGC